AUGUCAAACUACUACGCCCCCCAACAGCCGUACGCCCCGGCCGGCGGCGCGCAAAACCUCCAGUUCUACCCAACCACCUACGACACGAGCGCAACGUCGCAACCCCAACAGCACGCGUCAUUUGGCUUCGGCGGCUCACCCAACCCCGCCCAGGCAGGCUUCACGAAUGCUGGUUUUGGACCGGCCCCGGGGGCGGGGGUGUCGGGCCGCAUGGGCGAGCAGGGUGGCCUGCGAACAGGCUGGCUCGCCGCAUUCUCCACGGAGGGGUACGACGGGGAGCCGCCGCUCCUCGAGGAGUUGGGCGUCAACUUUGCACACAUCCAAGCCAAGACCCUCGCUGUGCUCAACCCCUUCCGCCCGAUUGACCGUCACAUCAUGGACGACUCCGACAUGGCGGGCCCGUGCCUCUUCUUCCUCCUGUUCGGCUUCUUCCUCCUCUUCUCGGGUCAGGUGCACUUUGGCUACAUCUACGGUCUCGCCCUGCUGGGGUCCAUCUCGCUCCACACCAUCCUGUCGCUCAUGUCGCCCACCGAGGCCGAGCAGCAACAGCAGCAGCAGCAGGCCGCUACCUCGGCCUACCAGUCGUACCCAGAUGCCACAGCGGCUGGCGCUGCCGUCUCGGGUGGGCACUUCUCCGCCACCCUGACCUUCCCUCGCUCCGCCUCUGUCCUGGGAUACUGCCUGCUUCCCCUGGUGGCCACUAGCCUCGUCGGCGUCGUCGUCCCCAUGAACACCUUUUUCGGCCACAUGCUCACCCUUGCCGCCAUAAUCUGGUGCACCUACAGCGCAAGCGGCAUGUUCUGCGCCGUCGGCCGCAUGAGCGCCAUGCGCGCCCUCGUCGCCUACCCCCUCGGCCUGUUCUACGUGGGCUUUGGCCUCAUGAGCAUCUUUAGCAGCAGGGGGGCCCUGGCCGUUGUCGCUACCUCCUCGUCGUCCUGA